AUGCGUCUCUCUCACUUCUCGUCAGCCAAUCUUGUGGCAUUUCUCACGCUUGGUGCUCAAGCCCUGUUUGUCCGGUCCUCGAGGGACGAGCAUAGGCAACGUCUUUUAGUCCAACGAAGCGAUCGGCUGCCAACUCCGAUUCAUGGACCACAUGGUUUCCCUCCUGACAACACCCAUGACAAUCCCCCCGCCUCUGGAUUCCACCCACCAGAGUUGCCGGAGACUGUAUCCUUCUUCCACAUCAAUGACAUGCACGCGCACAUUGACGAAUGGGUCGGCGGCGCCGAGGUGGAUUGCAAGGACACUCACCGCAAGGAUGGGCAAUGCGUCGGCGGCUCGGCCCGGCUAAAGUCGGCCGUGCACCGACUGCGGUCGGAGAAUAAGCACAGCCUGUUCCUUGUCGCUGGUGACGAGACAACUGGAACCUUGUUCUACAGUUAUCACGGCCACCCCAUCCUCGCCGAAGCCCUGAAUGAUGUCGGUGUUGACGGCUUCACCCUCGGCAACCACGAGUUCGACGAAGGCACAAAGGGCCUGGCCAAGUUCCUCCCGCUGCUGAAUUGCCCCAUCCUGGCCGCCAAUAUCGAGUCCGAGAACGAGGUUGUGAACACCACAGUGGUGCCGUAUCAUAUCUACUGGGAGCAGGGCGUGGCAGUGAUCGGAGCCGUCACUGAGACGACCAAGACAGAGUCCCGCCCCGGGAGAGAGACCAAGUUCCACGAUGUGGUGUCCACCAUCCAGAAGACUGUGGAUGAAAUCCUUUCAACCACAAAUAUCACUCGCAUCGUUGCGCUGACUCACAUCGGCUACGACGAGGACAAGGAGCUGGCCAGGUCCACGACUGGCCUGAGCCUGAUCAUUGGAGGACACACCGAUACGCCACUCGGUCCAAUGGUGGGCCGUGACGAUGAGCCGCCCGACGGCGAGUACCCUACCAUCGAGAAGAAUCUUGACGGUGAAAAGGUGUAUAUCGUAACGGACUUCCACUGGUCGGAGUGGCUGGGGCAUGUCGACAUGACCUGGGAUGAGAGCGGCCAGGUCGUCAAAGUCGUUGGUAAACCCGUGCACCUGGUCCAGUCGUUGCCUCAAGAGCCAAAGUUGAAAGCAAAGGUUCAUGAGUGGAGAGAGGCCUUCGCUCCGUGGGCGGCCGAGAUCAUUGGCCAUGCGGACGUGGAGCUGGAGAGCAGUAACUGCAAGAAGGAACCCUGUCUCUUUGGCGAGCUCCUCUCAGAGCAAGUCGCCCUCUUCGCUUCUUUAUGA